UGAAGUUAGUCGGUACUACGGCAUUUCUAUGAAUACGCUUCCCGACACAAGUUUAGAAACUUCCAGAGAACAGUUUUAAACAUAUUCCUUUGUUUACUAACGAACAAAAUUCACUGUCGAAAAGAUAAGGAAAUAGUGCUUGCUAUCCUUACAACCAUUAAUGUAUAACCUCCAUUGAAAAUAUUUAUUUAUGGAACGAAGUUGUACUAAUAGUGACUUCGAUGAUUGGUAAACGUGUCCUCGCGGGACUUUUAAUAUGGCGGAUCAAUGUUUUCCGAGCACAGUAAAUACUAUCAAAGAUGAGAUAAACCUUGUCUGAGGUUAAUACUAUCUUUAAUAAUCUCAUUAAUACUAUCUUUAGUAUUAAUUUUAUAAUUAGCUCCAAUCAUAACCUAAAAUAAUUGAACUUGUUGUAUUGGGUUAAUUAGAAUUCGUAACAAUAAGUAUGUCUAAUGAAGAAGAUGUUGACGUGAAUAAAGAAUUUGAAAAUUUAUUGUUUGCCGAGGAAAAUGCUCAAAAUGAAGGUUACGAAGAAGGUUAUGAGACUGGCAGGCAACAAUUAAUAAAAGGAUUUCAUCUUGGGUAUCACAGAGCAAGCGUCAUAGGCGCGCUAUUAGGAUAUUAUUGCGGUGUUUUGGAACAAUAUUUAAGCACCGAUAAGUCUGAUUCGAAGAAAGCAGUUUCUGUUGCAAAAGAACUUCUUCAAAGUAUUUAUAAUUUUCCACGAUUCAAUGAUGAAACCACAGACAUAUCGAAUACUGUAGAUAACAUUAAAUUUAAAUAUGCCAAGUUUUGUUCAUUAACAGGCACAUGUGCUUUGUACCCAGAAACAGAUAAACUUGAUUUUUAGUCUAAAAAGCUGUUAUAAUAUACAGCAAAGGGA